AUUACAUUUAUUUUGGAAAAAACUACAAAAAAAUGUAUUCUAGUGUGUUACUAUACCAUAUACCCCGGAGUAAAUAAAUGUAAUUGAUACUCAGAUUACUUCUUCGUUUUUUUUAUACAAAAAAUGGUGGUCAUUUGAAAUACAAUGAACCGAAAACAUUCGGAGUUCCAAUUCCAAGUAACGAACAUAAUCUGAGAGCAUUAAAGUACUACAACACCAGGUGGGUCUCGUUCUUCCUCCAACCCUACCAAAGCCUCUGAAAUCCCGAAUUCGAGUAAUUUUAGGAAGUUCCCGGGUCUGAUUGUCUUCGGUAAUGCGUGAAUUGGGUUGGGUAAAAGAUUUGAUCUUUGCUGUGGGUUUAAUCAGAAAUUCUUGUUUUUCAAAGAUAUCUUUGGUGAUUGAAGGGUAUUGUUGUUAUAAUGGCACUGAAUCUGUGGGAUUGAACAAGUGAUUAUGCUCUGGUUUUGGCUGCGUUUCUAUGCAAAUGCUUCAAGAGGUGGCAUUGUGAAUUGACAGUUCUUCUUGCUUAGAACCUUGUGAGGAUAUGUCGGGCGGAUCUCCGACUGUCGGAGGUGGAUUUGUGAGGCAGAGGCACAGUCUAGGGUAUUUUUCGAGCGGUGAUGAUCUUGAGGAUGAUGCUUGUUCUAGAAGUUUAAUGGAUUUGCCUUCAUUUCCUACACCUACACGGAGUUGGGCUGAGGUUAUAGAAAACUUCAUUUGGAUAUCUUCGGCUAUUUUUUUCAUCUAUUAUGGUGAUCGCAACUACAAUUUAAUUUACAUACUAUGGCAUGAUGGUCGCAUUCGAAGAAUACCAAUGUAUUUGGGGAUGUUUGCUGUUGGCUUGAAUAUUCUCUUUUUCUUGUAUACUAUUACAUUAGCCUGGGGAAUCAGAAAAUCGUGGGAGAAGUGGGAAAUUUCUAGCAUUGCUGCUUUGCCAUUUCUAACUUUCAAUGGCCUCCUGUCUUUCUGCUUGCUCACGUAUUCAUUGUGGCCUAUUUGGGGCUUCUUGACUCUUCCUCUUGUGUUCACUCUAUUUAUGGCUUCCAUGAUUAGAUUCCCGUAUUUGGUACUCGGGGCGUUUAAGCCUCAAGCAGACAUGCUCCGUACAGAUUAGUACCAUUACCCUGAAGUCGUUAAGACAGACUCUCUCCAAGCUAACUAAGAGUUCAUGGUGUUUCCCGGUCUCUUGUCCUUCUGAAGUUAAACCCGUCGUUUGACAUAGUUGCUGACUGAGAAAAAGGUUACUUGACUCGUUCUUCCCGCCAUGGCUGGCGUUGUAAAUAAAUCGUGGUUUAGGCC